GCAGUUGUCUCUCUUUCAACACACACAGAAACAGGUGUGGUUCAUGUAAUAAAGGAGCAACAGCACAGGCUAAAGAAGACCUGUUCCCAGGGCCUCAAGAGGAUUUCCAAACAACACACACACACACAAACCAAAGGGGGGGGUGGAGCAAAUAAAGGUGUGGCUGCUCCUCAGGUAAAGGACUAUAGAGUGCUAUGGUUACAUGAAGCAGGAACCAGACUGGGAGAACACUCCUCAAUGAUCUUCGUCGCUCCAGUUUGUGGUAGCAGGCAGGUGAAGAGUCACACUUACCUGCAACUGAAAGCCAAAUGCUGCCAUGAAUUUUUGAGUGGAGAAACAUCCUGUAACUUUUUCUCUGCUACAUAUCUGAAAGGACGACAGCCUGCGUGUGCGGACGGGAGGACGUCAACAUGCUGGAGGGUGGCUUUGAGAAGGGAGGACACAGCCAGGUGAUGGUGGAUGUUGGGAAACCGGUGGAGAGCAGGCGGUGGUGUGGUUGGUCUCGGCGCCACUGCCUCUUCUUCAUCCUGGUGUUGGGUGCAGUUCUGUUCUUAUACAACACAAACAUAAAGGAAAUGUCGCCCAACUGGAACCAUAAAUGGUGGAGGCAAUACAUUCCUUUUAAAAGCCACCAACAAAAUGUAGUCCAUCAGAGCUCCGAACCUACUGGACCUGAACCUGAACCAGAGACUGCUGUGACCAACUCGUCUGCGCUCCCUCGUCCUGAGAACGCCAAGGGAACCAAUGCGACAGACUCGAGCGCUGCUCCGUUGCAACAGACUACAAAGGUGCAUCAGCAGAAAACUGAGCCACCAACGCCGGUUCCUUAUGUGUCUCCGGGGCUGUACUUGGUGGAAUACCCCUACGAGUACCGCUUCAUUAUAAAUGAACCAAAGAAAUGUGAGGAGCAGAAGCCGUUCCUGGUUCUGAUGGUCCCCGUGGCGCCCCACAACAAGGUGCAUCGUGACAUCAUCCGCAGCACCUGGGGAGGCGAGAGCUCUGUACAGGGCAAAGUGGUGAAGCUGUUCUUCCUGCUGGGGCUGUACACCGGAGAGGCAGCAAGGACUACACAGCCGGUCACAGCUUGCUGCAGAGAGCUAAGAGGCUCAAGGACCUGCAUCCAGAGCAGACUUCUAGGACUGCUACAAGCCCAUCUGACAAAGAUCUCAGACCAGUCGCCGGUACGAUGCCUGGGUGGCUGGACUCGCACUUGCUCCGGCCGGCUCCAUUACCGCCAAUGA